CUCCCCCUCGCUCGCUCCUGCCCCGGCGUGCAGGGCCCCGCCGCCGCCAUGUCCAGCUCGUUCGAGCUCUCGGUGCAAGAUCUCAACGACCUGCUCUCGGACGGCAGCGGCUGCUACAGCCUCCCGAGCAAGCCCUGCAACGAGGUCGUCCCGAGGGUCUACGUGGGCAACGCGUCUGUGGCUCAGGACAUCACCCAGCUGCAGAAAUUGGGCAUCACCCACGUCCUGAAUGCCGCCGAGGGCAGGUCCUUCAUGCACGUCAACACCAGUGCAAGCUUCUACGAGGAUUCUGGCAUCACCUACUUGGGCAUCAAGGCCAAUGAUACACAGGAGUUCAACCUCAGUGCUUACUUUGAAAGGGCCGCAGACUUCAUUGACCAGGCGCUGGCCCAUAAAAAUGGCCGGGUGCUUGUCCAUUGCCGUGAGGGCUACAGCCGCUCCCCAACGCUAGUCAUCGCCUACCUCAUGAUGCGGCAGAAGAUGGACGUCAAAUCUGCUCUGAGUACUGUGAGGCAGAAUCGUGAGAUCGGCCCCAACGAUGGCUUCCUGGCCCAACUCUGCCAGCUCAAUGACAGACUAGCCAAGGAGGGCAAGGAUCCUGGAACUGACUCGCUGGACAGAAACGAGACUUGGCAGCACCAUGGGAAUAGAGAGAGAGAGAGAGAGAGCGCGCAAAGAAAGAAACAGCCUUUAAAAGAACUUUCUAAGAGCGGUUUUUGAACUGCGCUGGACCUUGUAUGUGUGCACAUUUGCCAGAAAUUGAACAUAAUCCUCUUGGGACUUCGUGUUCUCAUUAUUUGUAUGUCUCCGGGGUCACACAGAGCCGUCACAGCCACCACCCCAGCACCCGGCACAUAGGCAUCUCACAAAAGCCCGUUUUAUGAGAACCAGAGCUGUUUGAGUACCCUGUGUAUAGAGAGAGUUGUCGUGGGGCACCCGGAUCCCAGCAGCUUGGUUGCCUGCCUGUAGGAUGUCUUACAGGAGUUUGCAGAGAAAUCUUUCUUGGAGGGAAAGAAAUAUCAGGGAUUUUUUUUUUUGUUGAAUGUUUCAAAUUCAGCUUUAAGUGUAAGACUCGGCAGUGUUCACGGUUAAGGUAAGGAACGUGCCUUUUUCAGAGCUGCUGGGUAGCACCUGGCAAGAGGCAGGAGAAGCAGGCCUGUCUUAGGGCGUCACUCCCAGGGUAUAGACCUCUGAUCACAGCGGGAGCAGAGCUGUGCAGCCUGGAUGGUCAUUGUCCCUUACCCUGUGUGACCACAGCAGCCCUGGACACGUAGGGCUGGUCAUCUUUUUUUGCCCAGGAUGAAAUGGCCAUAGCCAAAUUGUGUACCUCAGUCUGUAGUUUCCAAGUGGCUUUCUUGCUCAAUACAAUUUGCACUUCAAAAUAACACUGUAGAGUUGACAGAACGGAUUCAUGUGUUAUGAGAGGGAAAAAGAGAGGAAAAAACAAAUCAAAACAAAAAACAAAACACCACAAACCAAAAACAUCUGGACUAGCCCAGCAUGGUUGCAAUGUCUACAGGUCCAGUUCAUGAGAGGCAGAGACAGGAAGACCACUGAAGGGUCAAGGAAAGCAUGGUCUACAUAUCGAGACUCCAGCCAGGGCUACGGUCCCAAGGGCCUAGGUUUUGGGCUUUGGGCUUUGGUGUUUGAGACAGGAUCUCUUGGUGCAGCCCUGGCUGUCCUGGAGCUCACUCUGUAGACCAGUUUGAGACUCUG